UUUGGGUUUGCUCUUAACUCUUAAUUUUUGUGCAAAAUAGUUUUAGAUCUUAACUUAUUUCCCAUCAGUGAAUCUUUAAUUUUCACAAACACUAUCAACUUUUGAGCUAAACUCUCCUAUCUGUAGCCGGUACGCAUCACAUCUACCACCACGCACUGACGCACAAAUUCAAUGGAUUCCAUUGGAGACAUGUUUGAUUCUGCGCUUAAUCUAGAACAAACCAACUACGAAGAAGGUUACGAAGAUGGCUAUGCAAACGGGUUAGUAUCGGGUAAAGAAGAAGGACGCCAGGUGGGUCUGAAAACCGGGUUCGAAGUGGGGGAAGAAUUGGGUUUUUAUAGAGGCUGCAUCGACAUCUGGAAGUCCGGUAUCCGGGUCAACCCGAAUCACUUCUCGACCCGGGCACAGAAAACCAUAAGCCAGAUGGAUGAAUUGCUCAAGAAGUACCCGAUAUCCGACCCUGAAAACGAGUCCGUAUCUGAUAUUAUGAACUCGUUAAGGCUCAAGUUUAGGGCUAUUUGUGCCACGCUGAACGUUAAAUUGGAGUAUAAUGGGUACCCAAAAGCCUCUGAUGUUGAAAUUAUCGAAUUUUGAAAUUUUGGGAUAUGGAUUCUGUCCAUGUAGUUUGAAUUUUUGCCCCGAGUGAUAAAAUGUUCUUAUUUCAUUAUUAGGGUUUUCAUAUUCUGGCUGGUAUAAUGGGAUGUUGUGAAAAAAA